AUGAGCUUAAAAGAAGUUUUCGAAUCAUCGCCGUGGAGGUCAUUUAAAAAAUUCUAUGAAGCUGCAAAGAAUGCGGGAUUUAAUGAUAGAACAGAAAUUAAGAGAUUUUAUGAUGAAAAUAUAGUUCAUCAGGUUAAAGUUAAUCCAUACGACUACUACCUUCCAAUUUAUUCUAAAACCCAUGAUGCAUAUCAAUUUGAUACACUCGUUCAGAGUAAGAAAGGAAGAAAGCCACCAUUUUUGAUUUUCAUUAAUGUUAAUACACGAAAAGCUUUUGCGUAUAUAAUGAAAAAUAAAGGAACAAAAGAAGUUUUAAGAGUUUUGCAGACGUUUGUGGCAGAACAUCAUCCUACUUCAUUAACUUCAGAGCAGGAUUCAGCAUACCUCAGUAAUGAAAUUACAGAAUUUUUGAUUAAACAUAACGUUACACAUUAUACGACUGAAGACCAUAACCAUAAUAUUUUAGGUAUCAUUAAUCGUUUCAUUAGAACCCUUAGAGAUUUAAAUAAAGAAAGAGAUUUUACGGAGGAAUCAAUGAAUAAAGUCAUUAAUGCUUAUAAUAAAUCAACUCAUAACAGCACAGGAUUUAAACCAAACUAA